AUGCGUUUCUCCAUUGUCUUCACCACCUUCUCGGCCAUCGCCCUGGCCCAGGCCCAAAGCUCUUCCUCUUCUGAGACGGUCGUGGAGAACCCUGCUACCCAGUACCUCACCCAGACCAACUCCCUGGGCGUCGUCACCGGCCAGCCCGUAGCUGUCACCAGCCAGGCCUCGGUCGUUACCAGCCAGCCCGCCGUCGUGACCUCGCAGCAGCCCGCCGCCUCCAUCCCGGCCGGUCUGACCUCCCCAGUCGCCGGUGUCAGCAGCACUCUGUCCACUGCUACUCGCAGCGACUCAGUCACCAGCAGCACCGACUCUUCCAUGGCCACUGGCACCUCCACUGCCACCACCUCCUCCUCGGACUCUUCGUCCACCGAUUCUGACUCCAGCAGCGCCAGCGCCAGCGGUAGCUCCACCUCUGUCUCCACUGGUGGUGCUGCCAUCGCCACUGCCGGCCCCGUCGGUCUCGGCAUGGCUGCUGCUGCUCUUGUUGCCUUCCUGUAA